CGGGCCUCCCUCCGUGCCCCCCCUCCCCUUCCCCUGCUUGCCUCUUCCCUCCGCGAGCACAGGUGACUGCGUGCCAGCCCUGCCCUCGCGAAGGGCACCGACGCCACGUGGAAUGCCCGGACGAUGCGGUUGCGAUUAGGCCAAAGGGCCAAGUGCUAUUGAUUACCUUUCGCGGAAGGAGCUUGGGCGUCGCGGCGACCGCAUCCGACUCGGCGAGGGAGUCACAGGAGGCCAGUGAGUCACGUAGAAAUCGCGAGCCUUUGUGCUGAGGACGCUGCUGGCAGCAGGACCUCCCGCCACCGCCUUGGAAAAGGAAGUCGGUCUUCGAGAGAAGCGCCAGCAGAUGUCCAGCUCGACCUGCAGAUCACUCGACUCCUGGCGGACACGCUGUCUGGUGGCGCUGUCCCGCCCAUGCCUCACGCCCGUGACUUUUUUCACGCCGCCUUCUACUUACCCCCUCCCCCCUCGCGCGCACGCCCUCCGAGAUACGCGCCUUCCACGCCCACGCCCACCCCAUGCCAGGGUCGUCGGCGGUCCUCCCUCGGCCAGCGACGCGGAAGUCCCUCCCUCGUGCAGCCGCGGCCCUCGCUCUGACGUCGGGAGGCCGCCCGCUCCCGCCGUAGGCCUUCGCGGAGCCCGCUGCCGAGUGGUCGCCCGGCGGUCGCCAUGGCCCUCGGGCACGCGCUUGGCUGACCGACUGCCUCGCACACAGGCGCUGGCCGCGUGGCCUCGGCGUUGCGCAACCGAGGCUCCGCUCGAGUGAGAACAGAAGAAAAGUAGCUAAUACACGAGCAACAAGGUCGCGCUAUCACUCAAGGCCGACCUUCUGGGCGGAGAAAAUGUACGUUUAUUUUGUCUGACACGGCAGGUGACAACACUUAGAGGCCGUGGGGGAAGCCACGUGUUUUUACUUUCACCUGAUUAAUGUGCGACGUCGGUCGGGGGUUUUAUCUAUCUCCUUGAUUACUUUUGGACGUUUUGAACCGCCUAGGCUUCGGCAAUAGGGUGGAGUCGAUAGGCGUAAUCAGCUGGUCUGUCGCUCACUCGCACUUUCACCGAAACUCCAUCCAUUAGUUUUAUCUACAUGAGAUUGUUGAUGUUCAUGACUUGUUGUUAUAACGUUUAAAGUGUUGGAACGAUGUUGAACUUUCGGGUAAAUUGUUGUUCUUCGAAGUUUGGUAAUUUACCGUUUUUUGGUUGACCUUUGCUCGCCCAUUUCCCGCCAAGUCGCCCGGUCGAGGCAACGUGUUUUGGCUCAAGAACCAGUAGCUCGUGGCCAUUCCUGGAAUCGGGGCAACGAUAAUGCAUUUUGAUGUGGACGACUGUGAGCAAGCGAUGAGAGAGGGCCGCCGGUCCGUGUCGCCCUAAUUGGCCUUCGAAAACACACACUUCGUUUUGCGUACCGCGUGUAUAUAUUGACCUUCGGGGAAUAUGAAUGUAAAUAUUUCUGUAAGUAGAAGUUUCGAAUUCGCCCGCCGUUAGUUGGGCGUUCUUGCGCUCGCCGACUGCCCCGCCGAGCGUCCGCGCGGGCUCUGAGACUCGGCGAGGCGCCGCGAUGAGUGAGCAGCGCGGAAACGGACGCCGCUGGUGGAACUGGCGGCGGCGUCGGCGCCACAGGUACAAGCUGAAGGACGCGCACUCCGAGGAGGAUGUGUCGCUGUACGACGCCGACCCGCUGCCCAGCCUGCAGAAGGUCACCACAUCGGACGACACGCUGCUCAACCCCGACCGCAUCCACGUGCACUACGAUGACGACGAGGACGUCGACGACGCCGCCGCCGCCGCUGCCUUCGCGGUGGACCAGGCCGAGGCCGAGGCGCUGUGGGAGUCGCUGGUGUGGCGCGAGGACAGCGUCGAGGACGAGCCGGACACCGACAAGUUCCUGAGCGAGAGCGAGGUGGAGAAUACGGAGAGCGAGGGCGAGGACACGCCCAAGGAUGGCGGCUGCAACGCCGUGCAGACCAUCGUGGAGCGCCUGCGGGCGUGUGGGAUCCGCCACGGGCGCGCCGUGGACCACGACCUGCGCCGCGACAGCUACACGUGGACGUCGCACGACCUGCGGCAGUUCCUGCUGCACAAGGCCCGCCUGGAGCACGGCGGCCCCUACGACCACAUCGACGACGACAAGAACGAGAGCUUCGAGCUCACGCACGCCAAGAACCGACGCAACGCCACCUCGUACCGCCACCGGGCGUCGCCACCGCCACCUUCUGCGUCGCCGCCGCCGCCACUGUCCCCGCCGGGCCCGACCCCAGGUACGCCACGCCCUUCGGCCAGAGGCGCCAGGGCCUCGGCCGCGGCCAUCUUGCGGGGGCAGUGGCGGCCGCGGCUGACGGCGCCGCGGAGCUCCGUGCAGCUGGAGCACGUGGGCAUGCGGGACAUGUCGCCGCCGCCGCCGCGGCCGCGCCUCUGGUCGCUCCCCGCCAUCAUCGUGACCAAGAGCGAGGACCCCAAGUCACCGUCGCCACCUAAUUACAGGGACGAGUUCGGCGACGCCAUGAACUACCUGACGGUGCCCAGCGCCCACCACUCGCGGUCGCGCUCGGACGAGGAGCGCGAGGCUGGAGGCGACACCGCGCGGGGGAAGCCCCUCGCCCACAGGGCCUCGGCGCCCGCGGGCAGCGUGGAGGUCGAGCCGCACAGCGUGGGCGCCGGCCUGGCGUCGGCGACCAAGCUGGGCUCCAUCAUGGACCUGUGGACAGGCAACUGGGACAUCCGCGCCGACGCCCCCGGUCGCGACGACAGGCCCUUCCCCCGGGGGUCGCCACCCCCCGACCCCAGGCCGCAGCCGGCGCCGGAGUACCUCCAGUACGAAGAGUCCUUUAUGUACGGGCGUUACUCGGCCAACCUCGCCGAGUACGCCCGUCAGGAAGCCCGCCGCCUGCGCGAGGACGACCACCACAAGGACGAGGUCCUCUUCUCCAAGGAGCUGCAGCCGUACCGGGGGAGGGUCGCCAGGACAUGCAUCUCCUUCAUCAGACCCAUCUGGGACCACACCUUCGCCCGGCUCGGAGAGGACUGGGUGUUCCUGUUCAUCCUGGGCACAGUCAUGGCCACUAUAUCCUUCCUCAUAGAUGACAUUGUCCUUAUCUUCUUUACGACCCGAAUACGUCUCGACGAAUACCUUGGCGGCAUCCACUGGGGGCUGAAGCUGUUCUCGUGGGUGAGCAUCCCGACGCUACUGGUCAUCUUCGCCGCCGCCUUCUGCCAGUGGAUGGCCCCGUCCGCCGCCGGCUCGGGCAUCCCCGAGAUGAAGACCAUCCUCAGGGGCGUGGUGCUCAAGGAGUACCUCACGUGGAAGACCCUCCUGGCGAAGAUUGUGGGUUUAGCGGCUGUAUUAGGCGCAGGUCUACCACUUGGCAAAGAAGGUCCAGUCAUGCACAUGGCUAGUAUUGUGGCCACCAUGUUGACCAAGAUGCUGCGAUACAUCAAGGGAAGUGUAGAGAACGAUGCCAGAUCAACUGACCUGCUUGCCGCUGCUUGCACCAUGGGCGUGGCCGUGUGCUAUGCUGCACCCAUUGGAGGUGUUUUGUUCAGUAUUGAGGUAACAACGGUUUACUUUGCCGUGAGAAACUACUGGCGAGGGUUCUUCGCAGCUGUGGUUGGAGCAAUGUUCUACCGCCUCAUGUCAGUUUGGUUCAUGGGAGCCGAAACCAUCUACCCGCUGUUUAAAGUGCAUCUUGACUUCGACUACCCCUAUGACGUCAUUGAGCUUCUGCCGUUCCUCUGUAUUGGCAUUGUGUGUGGUUUUGCUGGAUCUCUGUUCGUCUACCUCCAUCGCAGAUACGUCAUGUUUAUGCGGUCGAACAAGAUGCUUAAAAACUUCCUUAAGAAAAAGCGCCUCUUAUAUCCAACCUUCGUGACCAUAAUCAUCUCCAUCAUGACCUUUCCAGAGUGUUUAGGUCAGUUCAUGGCUGCAAAAAUAACCGCACGUGGACAGAUCCUGCAGCUGUUCAGCAAUGUGACGUGGACGGAGCAAAGUGAGGUCCUGUCAGGAGAACAGGCGGAAAUCCUGAAAGAAUGGCUCCCUGGCUCAGACGGGAACUUCCACCUCAGCCUUUUUGUCUUCCAAAUUGUUACUGUAAUUCAGAUAGCUAUCUCCUCCACCUUGCCUGUGCCUUCUGGUAUGCUGAUUCCAUUGUUUAAGGUUGGAGCAGCUUUUGGCCGCCAAAUUGGUGAAGUCAUGGCGUCACUCUACCCGACGGGCAUUGCCCCCGGUAGACCUAUUGUCCCUGGUGCUUAUGCAAUGGUGGGAGCAGCUUCAUUUUGUGCGGCUAUUACUCACACCAUUUCCAUCUCCGUCAUUGUCUUCGAGUUGACUGGACAGAUUACUUAUGUCAUACCAAUUAUGAUUGGUGUACUUAUAUCAAACUGUAUAUCAUCACUCCUGCAACCAUCUAUAUACGAUAGCAUGAUUCGUAUCAAGAAGCUCCCAUAUCUACCUGAUAUCAUAGCCACAGGAACAGCGGAUGUGUAUAACAUCUACGUGGAAGAUAUAAUGGUGCGAGACGUGAAGUACAUUUGGUAUGGAAUCACAUAUGUUGAGCUGAAGAGAGUCUUGAAGGAGAAUCGUAAGCUCAAAUAUCUUCCAUUGGUGGACAAGCCAGAGUCCAUGAUCCUGCUUGGGUCCAUCCAGAGGAUUGAGUUAGUCAGACUGCUUGUCGAACAGAUUUCAUCAGAAAAGCGUAGGAAGGAGGCUACAAGAAGACAUCUUGAAGCUCUAAGGUGAGAAUAAGAAAAUGAAAAAUAGAAAGACUGAGAGAG